GCGCUUCCCCCUGGUUGUGACCGCACCUUAAUAGUUCAAGCUGGAGAUACAUGUAACAAAAUCUCCGCUGAACACAAAGUUCCAAUCGUAUGUGCCAUCGUCAUCCCUGACAUUCACUUAACAUUGAACGUAUGCCACAGAUACCAGCUGAUGACAGUCAACCCCGACAUUGACCCCACUUGCAGUAAUCUGUAUCCCGGACAAGUUUUAUGUCUUGGAAUUGCCGGCCAAGAUUGUGAUGCUACCUAUGUCGUGCAAUACGGCGACAUAUGCUACAAAAUUAUCUAUGAGACUGAUAUCCCUCUCAAAACAUUGUAUACGAACAAUCCAAAAAUAAACGCCAACUGCACUAACCUAUAUCCUGACGAGGUUCUCUGCACUGCGAGCCACAUUUACUACUCCCAAGAGUAUGCGUUUCCACUCUAG